GGAGGGAAGCCUGGAAUGCCGCAGGACCCCAAAAUCCAGCGGAUCCCAAAAUCCUGGAAGUUCACCCAACCCCAAAGCCCAGCAGUGCCUGAACCCCACAGGACCCCAAAAUCCAGCGGUGCCUCGAAUCCCAAAAUCCAGUGGGAUCCCAAAAUCCAGUGGGAUCCAUCCCAAAAUCCAGUGGGAUCCCAAAAUCCUGUGGUGCCACAAAACCUGGCAGUGCCCAAAUCCCACGGGACCCUAAAAUCCAAGGGGACCCCAAAAUCCCACAGGACCCCAAAACCCUGUGGGACCCCGAAAACCUGGCACUGCCACGAGACCCCCAGAGCCAGGGGAACCCCAAAAUCCAGUGGGAUCCCAAAACCUGGCCAUGCCCUAAUCCCACGGAACCCCAAAACCCUGUGGGACCCCAAAACCUGGCAGUGCCACGAGAUCCCCAAAGCGAAGGGAACCCCAAAAUCCAAUGGGACCCCAAAACCCCCCAGCCCCACAAGUCCCCGGUUCCAGCUUCUCCAAUUCCUGCUCUGGGCAUUCCUGGUUUUUAUUCCUGGCUUCCUUUCGGGGGAUCCCGCUGGAAUUCUGGGGGAUCCCACCGGAAUUCUGAGGUGUCCCAGUGGAAUUUUGGGGGGAUCCCGCCAGAAUUCCAGGGCAUCCUGCUGGAAUUUUGGGGCAUCCUGCUGAAAUUCCCGGAAAUCCCUCUGGAAUUCCGUGCGCUCCCGGUUUGGUGUUCCCGGAUUUCCCCGCUCCGGCUCCGCUCUGGGAUUCGUCCCCGGACCUCGGGAUUGGGAGCAGCGACCCCAGAACUGAACUUGGGAAUUUUACACCAGAGGAGGACCCGGAUCCCGCGUGGGAUCGAGUCGGGAUUCCGUGUGGGAAUGUCGGGAUUCCGUGUGGGAAUGUCGGGAUUCCACGUGGGAAUGUGUCGGGAUUCCAGGCGGGAUCGAGUCGGGAUUCCACGUGGGAAUGUCGGGAUUCCACGUGGGAAUGUGUCAGGAUUCCAUGUGGCAAUGUGUGGGGAUCCCAUGUGGGAUUGAGUCAGCAUUCCAUGUGGGAACGUGUUGGGAUUCCACGUGGGAACGUGUCAGGAUCCCAUACGGAAAUGUCAGGAUCCCACGUGGGAAUGUUGGGAUCCCAUACGAGAAUGCCCAAUUCCCUAUGGGAAUGUCGGGAUCCCGUGUGAGAAUGCCCAAAUUCCAUAUGGGAAUGUCGGGAUCCCGUGUGGGAAUGCCUGGAUCCCAUAUGGGAUCCCAUGUGGAAAUGUCAGGAUCCUGUGUGGGAAUUUUGGGAUCCCGUAUGAGAAUGCCCAAAUUCCAUGUGGGAAUUUUGGGAUCCCAUACGGGAAUGCCUGAAUUCCGUACAGAAAUGUCGGGAUCCUGUGUGGGAAUGCCUGGAUCCCACGAGGGAAUGCUGGGAAUCCCGUGUGGCAGUGCCGGGAUCCUGCGUGGGAAUGCCCAAAUUCCGUGUGGGAAUGUCGGGAUCCCAGGAGGGAAUGUCAGGAUCCCGUGUGGGAAUGCCCAAAUUCCGUGUGGGAAGGCUGGGAUCCCAGGAUCCCGUGUGGGAAUAUCAGGAUCCAGUGUAGGAAUAUCAGGAUCCCAUGUGGGAAUGCUCAAAUUCCGUGUGGGAAUGUCAGGAUCCCGUGUGGCAAUGUCAGGAUCCGUGUGGGAAUGUCAGGAUCCCGUGUGGGAAUGCUCAAAUUCCGUGUGGGAAUGUCGGGAUCCCGUGUGGGAAUGCCCGGAUUCCGUGUGGGAAUGCCCAAAUCCCGUGUGGAAGGGCGGGAUCCCGCGUGCUCUCCACGAACAGAUCUCGAUAAAGCACGGCUCCGCCGCCGCACGCCUGCUCCUCGUCCCGGGCGCCUUGGGAAGCUACGGAGGGGAUCCGGCCCCAGGAGCUGGGAUCUGGGCUGGGA